CCUCGGAAUGGAGUCUGCCGGUAUCCACGAGACCACCUACAACUCAAUCAUGAAGUGUGACGUUGAUAUCCGUAAGGAUCUCUACGGAAACGUCGUCUUGUCCGGAGGUACGACCAUGUUCCCAGGCAUUGCUGACCGUAUGCAGAAGGAGUUGACUGCCCUCGCCCCAUCCACCAUGAAGAUUAAGAUCAUCGCCCCACCCGAGCGCAAGUACUCCGUCUGGAUCGGAGGUUCCAUCCUUGCUUCCCUCUCCACCUUCCAACAAAUGUGGAUCUCCAAGGAGGAGUACGACGAGUCCGGACCAUCCAUCGUCCACAGAAAGUGCUUCUAA